AAUAAAACCUUUGAUUUUUAUAAUCAGUUCACCAACUAAUUAUAAAAAUCAAAUUUACAACGUAUCGCUUCAAUCUCAAAUCAUCGAUAUCAUAUCAUUAGGCUUAUUUGUAGCCCCAAUUUAGAUCGAUUCAUUCGCAAUUGUCACCCCAAUGAUUAUCAAGUCAGUAUAAUAAAUACAUGGGCAAUAAGUACGAUAAGCCUAGGUAACUCUCCUCAGCUCGAAUAGCAUCAUGGCGGAGGAACCUGACCUGGACUUCAAGUCUAUGCCAAAGAUCGAGCUCCACGCCCAUCUUACUGGAAGUAUAAGCCGGAAAUGUCUUCACGAGAUCUGGGAAGUGAAAAGGGCAGCUGGUGAGACUGAUCUCGAAGACCCCCUAAUAGUAAUGCCUCCUGGAAGGCAUGAUUACGACCUCAAAACUUUCUUCCCAUUAUUCUCAACUUACAUCUACAACCUUGUCAAUGACCUCAAGUCCCUGGAGUAUUCUACGAAAUCUGUAGUCAAGAAUUUUGCGGAAGAUGGGGUAGUAUACGUCGAGUUAAGGACGACGCCGCGAGCAAUGACUGUUGCUGGUCUGGAUAAGUCAGGCUACGUCGAGGCUGUGCUUCGGGCGAUCAAGGCUGCGCAGCUCGAAGCCCCAUCACUACACGCCCGUCUUAUACUAUCUAUCGACCGACGUAACUCAAUCGAGGAAGCACACGGGGUCAUCGCUCUGGCUAAGGGGUUUCAAGAGCAAGGCGUCGUAGCGAUCGAUAUCUGCGGUGACCCAACGAAAGGCGACGUCUCGCUAUUCACGCCAGCCAUAGAAGAGGCUAAGGCGGCGGGCUUGAAAGUGACGAUUCACUUCGCCGAGGCGGAGGCCAGUGCCAGCGAGGCGGAGUUGAAUACGAUCCUAAGUUGGUUGCCGGAUCGUCUCGGACACGUCAUCCACGUUCCUGAGGACAUUAAACGUCAGAUCGCGGCGCGGACGGGUAUCGGAUUAGAACUUUGCCUUAGUUGUAAUGUUCAUGCGAAAAUGAUCGUCGGUAGUUUUGAGGCUCAUCACUUCGGAGAGUGGUGGCGUGUCGACGGACCGGUUGUUGUACCCUGUACCGAUGAUGUGGGCGUCUUUGGUAGUCCGUUAUCAAAUGAAUGGAGGCUUAUUCAAGAACAUUUCAAGCUGCAACGAGCAGAAAUUCUGGGGUUGGCGAGAAAGGGUAUCGAUGUCAUCUUCGCGGGAGAUGACGAGAAGUCAAGGUUAAUAGGGCUUAUGUGGUGAAUGUGCACGCACGUAUACUUGCCCCUUUACUAGGUUAGCUGCCAUGUCUAUGCCCUCAUGCCUUCUAAGGUGCGCAUUCAUCUAUUUUUUCUAAAUAAC